AAACAACAAAAACAAAAAGCCAACACCGAAUUUCUUAUCAUCUUUGUCGUCAUUUCAUUGAACGAUUCCAUUUUCCAUACAUUAAAAAUACAAAACUUCUCUUCACUAUUCAAUUUCAAAAUUUCCCCAAAAAAAAAAAAAGAAAAAUAUCAAUCAGAAAAAUCAUGAAUCGUUUGCCACAAGAUUUAGUAUCCAAAAUCCUCACAAAAUUACCAGUAAAAGAGUUAUCAAAAUGCAAAUCAAUUUGCAAAUCAUGGUUAGAUCUCAUAACUAAUCCUUAUUUUAUCACUAAUUACUAUAUUAUCUACAACAUUAAACAAGAACAUCUUUUUGUUAUUCGUAGACCAUUCCUUUGUGGUCUCAAAACAUAUAUUUCAAUUCUUUCAUGGAAUUUAAACGUUCGGUCCGGUUCUGAUUACCUUGCAUCUCAGCUUUUAAACCCACCUUAUGAAUAUAAUUCAGAUCAUAAAUAUUGGACUGAAAUUAUGGGUCCUUGUAAUGGUAUUUACUUUCUUGAAGGUAACCCUAAUGUUCUUAUGAACCCUUCUUUGAGAGAGUUUAUGGUUUUAUGUCAAUCUCAUUUUACACUUCCUAAUGGUUUUUAUUCUUUUACUGAAUAUUAUGGUUUUGGUUAUGAUUCUAAAAGUGAUGAUUAUAAAGUUGUUGUACUUAAGGAUCUUUGGUUGAAGGAAAAUGAUGAAAGAGAAAAUGGGUAUUGGAAUUGUGAGUUAUAUAGUUUUAAUUCGAAUUCUUGGAGGAAAAUUGAUGUUGAAAAGUUGCCUCUUCCGUUUGAUAUUUAUGGUUCUUCGCGAAUUUAUACUUUCGUGAAGAAUUGUUAUCAUUGGUGGGGUUUUGUUGAUAGUAAUAUAGGAGAUGUUGUUUUAGCAUUCAACAUGGUCGAUGAAAUGUUUAGGAAGAUAAAAGUACCGAAAAUUGAGUAUUUGAAUCGUUCAAGUGAAUUUGAAUGUGAGUGUUUUAAAACUUUGGUGCCUUUUGAUGAAUGUGAUACUAUUGGUGUUAUUGUUUAUCCUGUUAGAGGCUUAGAGAAAUGGUUCGAUGUUUGGGUUAUGAAGGAUUACUGGGAUGAAGGGUCUUGGAUUAAGUUGUAUAGUGUUGGACCUGUGCCGGUGAUUUAUAAGCUUGUCGGGUUUUAUGGGAGUAAUCGGUUUCUUUGGAAAGAUAGUAACGAGAGGUUGGUUUUGUAUGAAGGUGAGAAUGAUAAUAUAAGGUAUCUUCAGGUUUAUGGAAAGUAUGAUUCUAUAAGAGCUGCUAGAUACAUGGAAAGUCUUGUUUCACUUCAAAGAGGAAAUGAAAGUAGUCGUCGAUGUUUUUCAUGUAGUUUGGUUCCGGAUCCUCUACUGAAUCCGGGGGAGUAAUUUUCUUUUCUUUUAUUCAUGUAGUUUGGUUCCAGACCCUGUGAUAAACCGUGAUUAUGUUGAAGCGCAAGGUGCAGCUUUUGCUGAAAUCAUUGUGGCAUACGCUUAUUACACUAUAUUUACGUUUCUGCGGCUGUAAUGUGAUUGCAAUUGAGGAUGUACCAACUAUAUUUUACCACAAUUCUCUGCAAUAUCAAAGCUUUGUUACUGUGAUGUUAAAUAUUUGAGGUAUGUAGAUAAGAGCUUUGUUAUUAGGUAGUUUCCGCCAAAAUGACGUUGUAAUUGGGCGAGGGGGCAUUAUGAUGUAUUAGAUUAUAAUGUUAGUUUUCUUCUUGAAAUAUUGAACUCAGCUGGUUAAACAAGUUGAAUGUGUAAUGAUAUAUACCUUUCAAUUUUACACUUUCACCACGAGAACAGUUGAAACAGAACAAAAUAAUACAGCUUUCUGCUA